GGGCAGCCACAGGAAGGAGAGACAAGGGGAGGGGGCACAUGGUUAGGUCAGGGAACAGCAAAGGCACAAACAACAAGCCAUUACAAUUUUUUUUUAAGGCGAAAAGGGGGAAAACAGAAGGGAAAAAAACCAACACAGAAAUCCACUCCUCCAUGACUCCCUACUCCUUCUUCAUUACUCCCUUUCCCCAGCUCCCAAUACCAAUAAAAUAAAUCAAACCCCCAACGAGCCUAGGGGAGCUGGAGAGAGAAGCGUACACACGCAGAGGCAGCAACCUCUCGCGUCCCUUUGUUUUUCUUCUUUCACCUUUGGAUUAAAUAAUGUAAGAUGCUGGAGCCAUGUUUGCUGUGCGUAGCAACCUGUCCUCUGCCUGCAGGGGAGCAUCCUUCCACUGCGCUCAUUAAAGGGAAGACUUUUGCCCCUUUUGCCCCUGAUUUCAGAGUGUUCAGGAGCCCUGAAGAAAUAUGCAGCGUGGAGGCAGUUCUUAAAAGCUUCUUGGAGUCCCCCUCUCCAAUCCAAAUGACCCCAACCAGAAACCUCAAGGAGAACCUUGACUGUGUAGUGAGUGAACACAUGGGAGGGGUAAGGAAUCAUGGCCUGGCAAUCCCGGGAUCAGAUCAAGCCCAUGCUUUAGCAAUAUAGGAUUGGAGAUCCACUAUCUAUGCAAGCAAGAAUGCUGCAGCAAAUCUUUGGUAAGGGUGUACACUUUCUAUCUGUACCUUAGAUCAAGUAAUUGAAAAUUGGUCACAUCUCUGUAAGCUGUAUGAUAAUCAGGAGGAAUAUGGCUCAAUUACUCCAGGCUGCAGAACGGAGACAUCUUCAGCGAUCAGACACAAAGCUGGGCUCGAGGCAGCUGCUGUGGCUGCUUCAGAACUGGGAGGUAAGGAGUGGAAGGGGGAUUUAGGGAGACAGGCUUCCUUUGGCAGGACCAAAGGGACAAAAGGCACCUACACACACACAAUGACAGCAUCUCAAAGCCUGUGUGUUUAUCUCACAUCAACCGAGGUUCCUGUUGGUCUCCUAAAAAUAUUUCAAGACAGCAGUUUAUACUAUGUCAACUAACUAGAGGCAAGCAAAUGGAGGAGACGGUCGAAUCAGAGGAAUGCAGUGAAGCCUUCCUCUCUUGGUUCAAACACCCGUGUUGCCUCUUAUAUUAAUAAUAAAUAUUUAGAAAACAGGAAGAUCACAGAGGAGCCCUUAGCUAGUCAGGAGGUUGACUAGAGAUCAAAGGCAGAAUUUGCUAAUAUAUAAAUCUGGGAAGAAAUUCAUGUAUGGUAAUGCCCCCGAAAGGACAUUAUAUAAUUGGGAACGGGCAAGUGUGACCCUAAGACACAGCAAAUGAUUCAAAGUGAAACCUGUGUCGGCUGAGUUUCUGAGCUUUAUGUCUUUAUAUUUCAAGAACUGGGAUUUACAAAGCAUUCUGACACCUUCAUCUACAAGGCUAUGGCCUUGAGCAAAAAUACAAAUAAAACUAGUGAUAAUUCAAGAACUUCUGAGGCAAGUCUCCUUUGACCCCAAAUCCAGACUGGGUUCCUCUCAGAUGUCUAAUUACUCCAGCCAGCCUCUUGGGUGCAUCCAUGCUGGCCUGACGGGAAGUCAGUGAGGUUUUAUGGCCAGCAGGGCGAGGGCGGGAGCACUUUGGGACUUUGCUGCUUAGAGAAGGGACCCUGAGGUUUGCCCUUGGCCCUGCUUGCUAACCUAGACCUGCUGAAUGGCCACCAUAAUGACUCAUAUUUUACAUAUAUCUUGCUUUACAUGCAUUAUCUGCCCAUUAUGCCAGGAGAUCCUUUACCGCCUCAGACAAUGCAAAAAUGGAAAGGACCCAUUGAUAACCCAGCAGAUUUUUUUUUUAAAGACCCAUAUGGCAUCCCCUCAGGUCCAUAAAAUAGUUAUCUGAUAUUUACGAUUAGGGCCCUCACACUACAAGGUCACUAGUUAGACCACUCCAAGGGAGAGAAGCCCAGAAAAGGUGCACUUGGGCCCUAUGCUGGCUGGCUGCUGUGAUUUCUUUCCUCCUUUGAAGGCAGAAUACCUUCAGCUGGGCCUGGCUGCCAGGUGCCAGCCGGCCAGCCCUGUGGCCUCCCUCCAGCAGAAGCCCUAGUUUGGGCCUGCCUUCCCAUUCUAGGUAGCCAUUCCCACUCUGGAUAUCCCUGAAACAGGAUUCCCCCAACUGUGGACAGGCAGUAUGAGCUCUUAGAUCGAUAGGGUGGUUGUGGAAGCAAAGCGAGGUGAGCAGGGGUUGUAAUGCAGUCCAUAUUUAUAUUCCAUGAGUUAUAUACACCCCAGAUAAGAAAAGGAGGCAGAAUGUGCAAAAUCCAUGUCUCGCUUUUUAUAUGGUUGUGUCAAUGUGGGAACUCUCAAUAUUUCUUCUCCAGCAUAUGGAAAAGAAAUUAUGUAAAUAAAUAACCAUUACUGUUCAGGCCCUCCUGGCUUAGCCUUUGUAGUGCAGAGAAUGUAUUUCAUGUUGUGCAUUCAGAAGAGUUUAGUGUUCAGGAAAUAUAGAUGUAAUCAGCUGCCAUAACUAGAAAUCAAAGUUAUUAUUGUACUGAAAAUAGAUUUAUUGUAUUUAUGUUAACUAGAUGGCUCCUUUUCAGGGAAGGUCUCAUUUAUUUGAGGGAAUAUUUAGGUGUAUGAAUUAAUGAAUUUUUUAAAAAAAGUAAGUUCAGGUCAUGACCUAGUCCUUGGAUGCUGUCCAGAAUAUUAAGGAUUAAGCAUACCAUCCGGAGGCCAAAUGUGAAAACCACCACAGGGAACUCCCGUGCCAGCUUCAAAUACUUAGCUGGAGCAAACCUCAUUGGACAAUAUGUCUAAAACUGUCUUUUCCAUCAUUCAAAGUUUGCUCAAAAGUUGGAUGACUUUGAGAAGGCUUCCCAUGAAUUCCCUUCUGGCUAGCAAUCAAAACAAGUUUAGUCAAAAGUGGAAAUGUGUUGUAUGUAGGAAGGGGGUGAAUUAUUACUGACAGCUCUAUUUCCAUUUUCAGAUAUUCUGCUUGCAAUUUUCCAACAAAAUAAUAUUAUUGUUCACUUUUCGGACUCCCUUGCACCUUAAAGACUUGGUUUAAGAAACUUCUUUGAGGAAACUUUUUUUAAUUUAAGUAACAAUUUUCACAGGGAUGUUUUAGGAUGAAAAGUUGAAAGAAACGCUAAAUAAUUCCACAGUCUUCCCUGCAGCCUGCACAGUCCUUGCCUUUCUCUGGGAAAGGGCACAAGAUCAGAAAAGUCAAGGGGGUUCAAAGAAUCUUAGGGAGGACAAGGGAAAGGGAGGAGAAACCUUUCUUGGGAAGACCUCUGUCCAGCUCCAAGUCACAUUUCUGCUUUAAAACACCUCACUGGAUGAGAUUUUAAAACCCCAGCUUCCCUGACAUUGGCUUGCUUCCUGAUUAAUUUGGCGAAAGAGCCGGGUAGUGCAGAGCCAGCCAGGCCCCAGGCCUGCCAGAGCUAAAGCAGCCUGGUCACUGCUUCCCAGGCUCUUUGUCACUUUUGAAAAACACUUUUCCAUCAAGAAGACUUAUUAAGAUAAAAUGCAUUCAAACGCUGAGGCUAUUCAAUAAAUCUUCCAUUUGUUUUAAGGUUCUCACUUUAUCCUCUUGCAAAGAAUAACCCCCUCUCCCACGAGCAGACCUGCAUUUGCACUGAAAGUAAAAGGGGGGCAGUCCAAGUCCACAGCUCUGGCCACCCUGCAUACAAAUGAGAUGCUCUUGUCUAAAUAAAUUAUCUGCUGUUCAGAUCGAUAUUAAUACUACAUUUGCUACAUUACAAUAUUGUGCAAAUUUAAGAGUCAUUUUAAUACAAUGUAAAUACGAUUCUUCACGCAUGAAAGCCAAGAAAUAUUGAUAGAUUAUACCACUGCUUACUGUUCAACAAGGCCUUGGGAAAGGGGUUUUGCCAUCUUCGCUCAAGAAUGGUUUUAAUUUGGCCUUUGGAUGUCCUGGCUCUAGCAUAGAUUUAUUAGGAUAGUUUAUUUGUUCUCUGAAUGGAGGAAUUAAAAACAAUAGUGCCAAUAAUGGAGGUAAAAGUGCCGCAAACCCUACUCACUGUGGGCAAGGCCCGAGACCCAGUCUGAGCAGCUCUAGUCCUCACUAGCAUCCUUUUUGGCUUUGUUUAUAUUUCCCCCCAUUACCUUCUGCCCUGGGUGUUUAUAUGUUUCCCUCUUGCAGGUUACAAUAAUAAAAAAGGCGGGCAGUGUUCUCAGAGGCUCAGAUCAGAGCCUUCAAAGGCAACGUUAAUACACUUUCCUGGAAGUUAAUUUGAACCAUCUAUCAUAAGAGAAAUUGUUAACAUGCAUGUUACCACCGCCUACAUUUAAUUUGAUAUUUUUAAGGCACUCUGUUAAAUUUCCAAUGUUCGUGUGUUUUGCAUGACUAUGAGAUUUAUCUCCGGGGCGGGAAUCCUCCCAUACUUUAGGGUUCUACAGUAUUGCUUUUGUUUUUUAUCUUUCUUGUUUAGAUCGAAUCCGUUUUUUACGACCCUCAAUAACCUCAGCAACUGCAAACAUGAAUGCUUUCCGAUAAGGGGAAAUCAGGCAGCAAUAAAGCGGGAUUAUUUAUAAUUUAUUUGCGCGUAUUCUUCUCUUUCCACCUCUCCCUGUGUGUCUCUGUGUCGGGAAACUCAUCCAGGGAGCGUGCCACACAGAGAAGAAAGCCACAUUCCCACGUUCUCUUCUAUCCCUUUCCUCCCCCAGAAACGCUGAGCUCUGGCAUACACAUCCACACCGCACACACGCGCAGCCAGACGGAGCCACAGCACCGCCUCCCCCCACCAGACACGCACCCGCCGCCGCCGCUGCCGCGGCCCCGCGCGGGAGUCCAGGCCGCUAGGCCAGGCCGCCCGCCACCUGCAUCCGUGCCGCCUCACCUCCUGCCCCGCCGCGAUCCCAAGAUGGCAGCGGCGCCGCAGGCCGCGUCCCGGCGCGGGGACCGCAGGUCCCAGCCAGGCCCAAGGGCUGGCGAGGGCCGGGCCGGGCGCGGUGGUGCCGCAAGAGGCCGGGCGCGAGCGGAUGGAGCCUGAGGUGGCUCCCCGCGCGGCCUGCCCUCCCAGCGACCGC